UAAUAACCGAAAUAGUACUCGCCAAUCUAAUUUUCGUAUGUAUUAUGCCGCAAAUUUUGAUGGUGUCGGUUCUAAAAUCGUCAGCGACGAUCAGUAAGUUUCCGGGUGUGAUAGCCGGGAUAACGUAAACAUGAAAAUAUUUUUUCCAUUGACUCACUGAUCAAAGGUGGUCAUAGUGGGCAAUGGUGGAGUAGGGAAGUCAAGCAUGAUCCAACGAUAUUGCAAAGGAACAUUUACCAAGGACUAUAAGAAAACCAUAGGUGUAGAUUUUUUAGAAAGACAAAUAGAAGUUGACGGUGAGGAAGUCCGGUUGAUGUUGUGGGACACAGCUGGCCAGGAAGAAUUCGAUGCCAUCACAAAGGCCUACUACAGAGGCGCACAGGCCUGCGUUCUAGCCUUCUCCACAGUAGAUAGGGAAUCUUUCGAAGCCGCACAUUCGUGGAAACUCAAGGUCGAGAAUGAGUGUGGCGAAAUACCAACUGUGAUUGUACAGAAUAAAAUAGAUCUUAUGGACCAUAGUGUUGUUAAUCCGGAGGAAGCAGAACUGCUGGCUCGUGCCCUUGGAUGUCGGCUGAUCCAGACGUCUGUAAAGGAAGACCUGAAUGUAGGAGCAGUCUUCAGACACCUGGCCGCGCAAUGUCUCGCCGAACUGCAUGAUCCCAAAGACUUUGACUACUAUCCACCUGCCCCGAACGCCUUCGGGCCCAACCACCUUACCAUUAGUGCCUUCAACCCUAGUCGAUCGUCCAAAAACCAAAACGGAACGAUAGUAUUGAGACCGCCCAAAAAAAAGAAGAAAAACGUUUUGAAACAUGCGUGUAGGCUAUUGUAAAUUAUUGGUAUAAGACUGCAAGCAAUGUUGUAUUACAAAAUGCAAGCAAAACUUGUAAAUAUUAUUAAAAAUUGGAAUCGCUUGAUGUUGAAAAUGGACUGUAAGAACGUUUCAACAUCGGAAUGCCGUUUGAUAAUGAAAUUAUAUUGUAUAUUUUGUCACCUAUAAGGCCAAUCGGUGAAGUGCUAAUAUAUUUUUAAAUUUUAUAAUUUAAUUUAUAUGUAAUCAAACACCUGUAUAAUAGUUCUUCUCUAUGAGUGUAUACUAACAUUUUUGUUUACUUGUAUCUAUUUUUAAACAUAAAGAAAAUACCUGUAAUAAAUGCAUAUUUCUCAAA